GCUCCCUUAUUGAGCUCACUGGAAUUCAGAAUAACUUAACGUUGGCGGAGUAGAGUUUAUGGAUGAGUGUCUUUGGACCAUUGUUAUAUCUAAAGGAGGGAAGUUUUUUGAGUGCUGCAUUUUGUUUCGUCAGCUAAUCUUCGUAUCCCUCAAGGCUGCCUAUGCCCAGCUGCAGGCGGGAGGCUAAAGUGGAGUGCGCACGAUUGUCCUGUGGCGGGGCACUACGCACGCCACUCAUCCACUGCCCAGUGCCCUCAGCUUUUCCGCGAGUCAACUGUAAACAAGUGUAGAUCGAGACGAAAGGAAGGGUAUUAAAAGAGAUCUUUCUUGACGAGACUUCUUCUUGAAGCUCCUCUUUCUGCCAGCGGCACCCCCUGCUGUCGUGGAUGUGGUAUGACCCUGUGUGGCAGGAAGGCACUGACGUUGCUGAGCAGCGUGUUUGCUGUGUGCGCCUUGGGCCUGUUGGGCAUUGCUGUCAGUACCGACUACUGGCUCUACCUGGAGGAGGGCGUCAUCCUACCCCUCAACCAGAGCGCCGAGGUACGAAUGUCCCUGCACUCUGGCCUGUGGAGGGUCUGCUUCAUAGCUGUGAUGCCAUCACCUAUGCAGGUGUUUCCCGGACGUAAAUCAGGGGAUGAGAAAGGCCGCUGUUUCACCAUCGAUUACGUGAUGCCCACCAACAUGCAGCUGACAUCUGAGUCUACUGCCAGCGUGCUGAAGAUGAUCCGUUCAGCCACUCCAUUUCCCCUGGUCAGUCUUUUCUUUAUGUUCAUUGGUUUCGUUCUAAGCAACAUCGGACACAUCCGGCCCCAUCGCACCAUCCUGGCUUUCAUCUCCGGAAUCUUCUUCAUCCUCUCAGGUCUCUCUCUAGUAGUAGGCCUGGUGUUGUACAUCUCCAGCAUUAAUGAUGAGAUGCUGAAUAGGACCAAGACAAACGAGGCCUACUUCAGCUACAAGUAUGGAUGGUCCUUUGCCUUCGCUGCCAUCUCCUUCCUACUCACUGAAACAGCAGGUGUUAUGUCCGUCUACCUGUUCAUGAAGCGCUACACUGCUGAGGAGAUGUACAGGCCUCACCCAGGCCUCUACGGGCCCCGCCACAGCAACUGCUCCAACUACUCCGGUCAGUUCCUACACCCGGACGCUUGGGCACAGCGUGGCCGCAGCCCCUCCAGCAUCUCAAGCGACGCCUCCCUCCAGAUGAACCACUCCACCUUCCCGGUUCUUCUCAAGUGUCCCGAGUAUGACCACAUGUCCUCCUCCCCUUGCUGAGGCCCGCCUGAGGCCCUGGAGCCUGGGCAGUGGGUAGCACACACGUCCCGAGGAAAGGGGAGUCUGGCUGGGUUGCUGGGUUAGAGUAGGUUGGUAGACUAGGGAGGUCGUACUUGAAGAGGAAAAUUAAGGCGCCUAGCAAGAGUGGGUGUAUUGCCUCUUUUGAAGUCCCUCUGAGCAGUUUUCAGAAUUUUGGCACAUCUGCGACACACCUAAUUGCAUCCACACUUGAACACAUGACAAUCACGUCUUUCAUUGAGUCUUCAAUGCUGUCCGAAGCAUCGCCUUCAAAGUCAUAUAAUCCCGGCUUAACCCUGAUUCUCUGAAGUUUCUGCUCGUCAUCAUACUGAACAGGAGGCUUUAUGCAUUUUCUGGUAAACAUGUUGAAUAUUAUUACUGAGGUAUAGCUUCAAUUUAACUGCGAGCUAAAGGGAAGUAUAGUUAUCUUUCCCGGGCAUUGUUGCUGUAGUUGUACGGUAGCAUUUCUUCCCGAACACCUCUGUUGCUUUUUGUCUGGGUAGUUUUUUUUGGAGUAACUCAACAAAAGCUUCCACCCUUGAUUUGAGUUGAAGACCACGUCCAAUGUCGUGUAGCUUCAACCUCCCUUCCUCAGUCCUCAGCAGAUUUACCUGGUGCGGCUCGGCUUGGGUCGUGCUGGUGCUACCCUCUUUUGUUCCAGUUUGUGUGAUUGCUACUUCCAACUGCACCCAGUCGUGUUCAUGCAAAACUUCAGAAGGUCUGUUACCAUAACGCUGUCUCGUCAGGAAGCAGCGAGUCCCGUGGCAGUGUGUUAUAGUUAAUAGCACCUGGUGUUGUCUUGGAUACUGAAAUGGACAAUGUAGCCGUAGGGCAGCCACCUAACCUCCCUAAUUUGACUUGGUUUAAGGAUUUGUGCCCACAGAGCGGCAGGGCAUUUCAAGGAAGGGUAUCAUGCAGAGUGGCUGGCACUCCAUUACCUCAAAGCUAUCACCAUGCUGCGGUCAAAUGCCAGAGUUUAACAAGGUCUUCAAUGCCGUUGGCCCCGGCAGAGAUUCGCUGGAGGUGAAUUGUGGGAUGAAGAGUCUUGGGCUAACUUCAUCCAAAAACACAUCCGGGGGGCAGUGCUUGCACCAGGGAGUAGAAAAACGGUGCUCACGGCGGCCAUCUUUGUUUUAACCUGACAGAAACGACUGGCUGGUGGCAGUUGGCAUAAGGUAUAUUAUUGCUCUGAAAGUAGCCUGGGUGGCAUUGCUGCUGUUUAAGCAACUCUGCCCAUUCUUCUGCAUCAGCUCAUCAAAUUCAGUGCAAGACGAACCCCAAGCAGAGAGAGUAGAUAGCCUAAACAUUCCACAUCGUCCAAGUGACUUAUUUCAAGAUGGUUUCCCUGAGGUAGGCUGCCUGGUUCAGUGGCCAUUAAGCCCACCUGGGGUGUGACUGUAAUCAUUGUUCCCAGGAGGAAGGGCUAUUGUACAACACCCUGUUGCCCCCUGACCAUCUACGCCCAAUGAAGGGAAGUCCUGAAUCAGAGAGGAUCCAGACGUGAUUGUAGCACCGGGAAGGCAGCUAUUUUGACAGGAUUGAGCCCUCGUUGGCCUUGAGAUGUGUUCGUAGAGUGUGUUCAGGUGUGGACACGAUAAGUGAGCGUACCCCAUAGUUGUUUUGUACCUGAUAUCCACCUUGAGGGAGCACUUUAUGUUCGGUACAGGCUUUCCUCUACCCAUAAAUCUUCACAGGACUUUAAUCAACUCUGACUUGUAAGAUAUGAUAAUACAGUGGGGAGAUCAGAAGAGAAACUUUCUCCUCACAUCAUUCGUUUAUAUGUCAAUUAUAUUUGUGGUAAUCAUGUGUUUUAACAAUACGUCAGUAUUUUAUGAUCUUUUCUAAUCCUCCAUGACCAUCUCACACUCUGCACUUUACUGUCAUAUAGGCAGAGAUAAAGUCUGUAUAUUUUUGAAUGGAAACAGAGCAGAAAUCCCAUUCACAUCUCUUCAGAAUCUAAGUACAUUGUUAAUGCAGUGAAAAGAAGGGAACCAGGGGGAGAUGAAGAUGAAGGAGAAUGACAAGAAAUAAUAUAUGGUGUAUUGCCUCUAAACACGGUUAGGUGGUCAUUGUGGCCAUCAGAUAUGGAGGGCCAGUCUGAAUGUAUGAAAUAAUGAUGGGAAGGAAGUGGGUAUAAUAAAUAUAACCUGAACUCGUGCAUAGUGACAGCCAACUCAAAUAACUGAAAAAGAGGACAGUGUUAUUUGGCAAAGGGUCAAAUCGCUGAACAUUACUAAUUAAAAUAUGUUUUCUAUCAGAUGCCAUAUUCCAGUGUAUCCACAGUUUAUGACUCAGAUGCAAGCUGUUUUUGGUUUGCAGACUGGAUGGCAUUGCAAUUGGCUACCUAGGUGCCGGUAGCGUUCUAGUCUAAUGUUCAAUGUCCUGAAUAGGAUGGCAUUAUGGAUGAAUUCCCUAAUGAAUCAAAUAUCCUGGUUGGAUGAAUAGAAACACAUUUUAUUGUAUUAAAUGUAACUAAAAGUCUUAGGAAAUACAUAUUACGUUCUUUAGAAUAUUUAGGCUACAACCUCUCUGGUAUUGUACUCGACCAAAGUUGUAGUUUAAAAUCAAGGAUAAUAAUUAUCUAGUCUAUUGUUAUUGUCAGUGUUCAAUGUGAUUACGAAUGUUACUGUAACACUAGUAAUUGCUGUUCAUGAGUAUGAAGGUUGGUUCUCCAUAAAAUGCAUAUGCCAUGUUUGGCCUUCAUCCUGUUUGAUAUUGGAAAUUGUAUUUUGGAGAAAAUAAAAUCAAAAUGGUAAAUCCGCCAAACAAAUAGAAAAUGUGUCACACUAUUGAACGUUUAUCAUGAACAUAUAAAUAAACUGAAAUAACUUUUUUACAGUAUAGUCUACAUUUAUAAGCCAUCUGGAUGUUUUACUCAUUUGUAGCCACAGUAAGCCAUUGGCCGCUUGCACUGUAUAUGUAGAAUGUGAGCUAUUGCAUUUGUUGUAACAAUAUGACAAUUUAGAAAACAUUAGAGAGUCAGAUAAUACAUUCAAAGAUCUUGAAAUGUGUGUAUUUCAAGAUUUUCUAUUUCAAGAUCAGUAAUUUUCAUGAUGUUUGAUGUGCAAUCUACUGUAUAUCUCUAUUGGAAAUCAAAUAAAAAAUGCUUUAUUUGAUAUAGUAGCCUACAUAAAGGCAAAAUGUAGACAUUUCUUUAAAACUGUUAAAUAUAUACACUUUCUUGUUCACGUGCAUUCUUUCAUCACCACACAUUAUGACAUUAACGAUUCUGUCACGUUGCUGCUCUCUAGUGGUUAAUUGUAUGCACUGCAUGGCUGCAUUGUUACUACCAGAGUAAUUGACAAACUGAUAUCAUUUCUUAUGUGUAUCUAUUAUCAAGAUGCUCACAUUUUUGCCUCUGUGCCUUUCAGUUAAUCUGCACCACACCAAUUGACCUAGCAAAGAUUCCAACU